ACAACAUUCUCUCGCCGCCUGUUGCCAGCCACACACAACCACCCAUCCCUCUCUAUCCAACCACACCCGCCAUGGCCGACCACGCAGACGACCUCCACGCCGAGCAGACCGAGGGCUUCAAGGUCGGAGAGAAGAAGACAAUUGACGAGUACCAGAAGCUGGACCAGAAUGAUGAGUCUCUGCAAAAGUGGAAGGCGUCCCUUGGCCUUGGCCAGGGCAAGGACAUCUCCGACCCCAACGACCCCCGCAAGUGCAUCAUUCUCUCCCUUGGUCUCGAGGUAGAGGGCCGCGACGACAUCAUCAUCGACCUGCGUGCUCCUGGUGCGCUCGAGGAGCUCGAGAAGAAGCCCUUCACCAUCAAGGAGGGUGCAAGUUUCCGCAUGAAGGCACAGUUCAAGGUCCAACACGAGAUUCUGGCAGGCCUCAAGUACCUCCAGAAGGUAACCCGCAUGGGUGUUAGCGUCAAGCUGCAGGAGAUGAUGGGUUCAUACGGCCCCAACACUGAGGAGAAGCCGUUUUACGAAAAGAAGUUCGAGCCCGAAACCGCUCCCUCUGGCAUGCUUGGUCGCGGCCACUACACAGCCCUCUCCAAGUUUGUCGACGACGACGACCAGGUCCACCUGCAGUUCAAGUGGUCUUUCGACAUCAAGAAGGACUGGUGAUAGGCAAUCGGCCAAGUCCGCAUGUUGGGAAAAGGGUUGUGUUGUCGCACGGCGCAACACGGCAGUCUCUUUUAGUUGGAAGCGGUGGAUAUCCAGAGUGCUUGAGCUCCCACGAAGUAACGAAGCGACGGCUGACGGUCGACCGUUUGGACGGAUGCACCAAUCCGACCAGAUAUCGAUCCUAUAGCUUUGAAAGAAUCAAAAUUUUCAGGACCUUUUACGUCUCGUUCCGUUCUUGGGUCGAAUGUGCUUGAUGUUUCUCGAGCUGAUCGAAGUGAAACCAUCUCCCUGCAAUCCUCUUCGCCUUGACGGUCCGACCCGCCCAUGCCU